UGUUUGUGCUGCGGCUCGGCCAGGACGCCAGCAGCUCACCUGAGUGACUCAUAACCCAGAAACCGGACACAUUUCUCCUGAGAAAAGUAUCUCCUACUAACUCCAAACGGUGUCGGAGCGGAAUACGUGUCCCGACAAGCCCUCUCAUCCAUCCGAUCCAUGGCCAUCGUCACCCCCUGUCCCCUUCCUCUGGAAGAUAACCUUCAAAGGAUUUGCUCAGCAUGAUGGAUGACCAGUUGAGUGAAGGAGAUGGACAACAUCAAAUGACAUGUUCCCUUUAGUGUGACUAGAUGAAAGGACAUCUACGUUUUUGCAGCAGUAAGAGGACACGCUGCAUAAUUUUCAUCUUCCUCAGAUUUAACUGAUGGACGUAAAGGAAAACAGAGUAGUUGUCCUGAAAUAAAUUCUGAUGAUUGGGAAAAAUCGAUCAAAAAUUUAUUUUUAGUUUCUCUAACACACUCCCUCAGCAUAGUUUAUAUGCUGAGUGUUAACCUGAGUGAUGCUUGUUAUGAGUUGUUCAUCCACAACCAAUGAGCCAGAGAGCAGCAGCAGUGAGGGGAGCAGCUGCACCACUUCCUCCAUCACUACCUCUGACCCGUCCUCUAUGUCUGCUCAGACCAACUCCACCUUGCCUUCCCUCAGUGAUGCCCCAGACAUCCUUCAGCACGAAGCUCUGCCACCACCGCCCCUCCCUCCUCCACCUCCAGGCGUACCCCCACCUCCCCCACCUCCGGCAACCAUGUCCACCAACCACAACGUGAGGAAGAAGCGCCGUGUGAGAAGUUUCUUCUGGAAGCCCAUCCCAGAGGAAAAGGUGCGGGGAAAACCAAACAUCUGGACGCUGGCAGUGCGGCAGCAGCAGUACCAGAUUGACGUUCGCUCUGUAGAGGAGCUUUUUGGGCAACAGGAGGAGGCGGGAACAGGGAUACGUGGGGUGAUUUCAACAACUGGAGCCACAGCUCAUGUGUCAAGAUGCCGCUCUUUUAAGGAGAGCAGCAAAGAUGAGAUCAGCAUCCUUGACUCAAAGAGGGGUAUGAAUGUGGGUAUUUUUCUCAAGCAAUUUAAGAAGUCCAACCACUCCAUUGUUGAAGACAUACGAAGAGGGGAGGGAAAGAUUUAUGGAGCAGAGCUGCUCAAAGACCUGGUGAAGCUCCUGCCUGAUGCAGAGGAGAUCAAGAAGCUAAAGGCUUAUAAAGGUGAUCCAGACAAGCUGACACUGGUCGAUUCCUUUAUGCACCUCCUAAUCCAGGUGCCACGGUUUGAGGUGCGGAUCGAGGCCAUGGUCCUCCGUGAGGAGUUCUUCCCUUGCUGUGCUUUGAUGGGCCAUGACAUUGAUAUUGUCCGCAUUGCUACUAAAGAGCUAAUGAACUGUGAAGAUCUUCAUGCCAUCCUUCAUCUGGUGCUGCAGGCUGGAAACAUCAUGAAUGCUGGUGGUUACGCAGGAAAUGCUGUGGGGUUUAAACUGUCAUCUCUUCUGUCAUUGGCGGAUACCAAAGCCAACAAGCCAGGAAUGAACCUGUUGCAUUUUGUUGCCAUGGAGGCAAAGAAGAAAGACGAGAAGCUGCUCAAGUUUCCAGAGAAACUUCAGGAUGUACAGAGUGCCGCCAGAAUUUCAGUGGAAAACAUUGAGCUGGAGUUUUCUUCCUUAUAUGUCCGAAGCAAAUCCCUGGAGGAGAAAAUUCAAGGAGACCAGGAGUUACUGCAGCAGCUGGAGCCCUUUCUGCAGAACUCAGCACAGACACUUCAGGACCUAAAGAGACGCAGACUGGAUCUGCGUAAAGAGGGGAAUGCUCUCAUUGAUUUCUUUUGUGAAGACAAGGACACCUUUAAACUGGAUGAGUGUUUCCGCAUCUUUCAAGACUUUUGCAUCAAAUUUAACAAAGCCGUCAAGGACAACACAGACCGUGAGCUGAAGGAAGCAGCUAGACAGCGGCGUCUAAGAGAACUGGAGGAAAAGCGUUUUGCGUGGUCAGGUGAUGAUCAGAACAGCGUUUUUGGUCGCAGCAGCAGCGAGAACGAUGUGGAAAUGCUUACCAAGGAAGGCCUUCUGGACUUCUUUCAGAAGAGGUCUCAAAGUCCACACAGCCCACUAGGACGCUCUGCGAGUGCCCGCCGCCACCGUCACACCAUGACCUCCAUAGCAGAUCGUGAACUCCAGGGAUACCUUGAGCUGUUUGGGAGCACAGGGAAUCCCACUGACUAUUCCAGGUUUAACAGCUUACCUCGCUCAGGUCGUCCUCACCAGCGGAGGACGACGCCGUGGAUUUUAGGGCAGGACGACAGUCGUGAGCUUGGAUGUGACAGACAGGUGACGUCUCCUCAUGCAGAAACUGAACCUAUCAGCCCACUGGCCAGGUUUUCCUCCUCUGGGCUAAAUGAUAAUGAGGACCCAUAUAACAACAACAAUAAUUACUUAUCUGUGUCAGAGAGCAGCGCUCUGCCUCGUUCUUUUUGCGUCUUUCAGAAGCCCUCCCAUCUACCCAAUCCAUCAAUUACCGGCCAUAUGAAUGUCAAUGUGGAGAAACAUACAUUAGUUCGAGGUCCUAAAGCUUUUGACCUACCUAGUCCAAACAAUAACAGUAAUCAUUUGCACUUUGUCAACCACGGGGGUGUUUUGGUGACAGAGCUGGAAAAGGAACCACAGUUACCCAAGAAUCUGGAGAGCCUCCCACAUGAAAAAGAUUUAGAAGAAAGAGCAGAUCUAAAGGAGGGAUGGGAUGGUAAAGUAGAUUCUGCCACACAGGCUGGGGUCUCUUCUGAGAGGGAGAAGGAGGAGGACUACAGCACAAUGUCAUCAACAACCUGUGAUACACCCCUCCCUUUGGAUACAUCGGGAUCCAAUAAGAAACCAGUGUUUUACAUACUCGAUUACACAGAAACAGACUGCUCUGUCACUUUAGAUUAUUCAGAGGUUGAAAGCUCGUCUCUCAGAAAAGAAGGACUUCACUUUAGAAGCGACCACAGCAAACUUCAGGAUAGCCAGCAAGAUCCAAGCUCUUUGUCCUCUAAUUUGCAGUCUAUGUCACCCAACGAACAGUCUGUUUCAACCAAUGAGCUCUCAACUCCAAAAUCUGUGGAUGCAGCAUCCAUGGCUCCAUCUCCCACCACAGAAGAGUGGGACACAGAGAGCUGUGACACAGCUGAAGGAAAACAGGGCGUGGAGAAAGAUGCACUGAGAAGCAUAAAAAAGCCAGCACACACAAAAAGCAGCAAAGUAGCCAAGAGCAGCGGAGGUCGAGGAGUGCGAACUCUGACCAGCAGCGAGAGCCAGGGCAUGCGGAAGGUUGUGCCCAUCAGCAAAGUCACCAGGACAGGCAGCAAACGUGCAGAGAGACUUUUAGUACAUGACAGUGGAGAGAUCCGGCGACCCCUGCGUGAUCAGAGCACCCCAGCGAGGGGCAGGAACGAGAAGACAGCAAGACCUCCACGGCACUCAAGUUUGCCUCCUGAUGAGUCGAAAGUCCAGAAGGUGGGAGCUCCCACAGGUAGCAUUUCUAGAUGGACGCGUGAUUCCAUGCAGAGGAAAGCUUCCAUUCACAAGCCGAGCGCCAAACCCCUGAGGAACAUCCCCAAGGCAGCACCUGAGGAGAAGAUGUGCCGUUCUACCAUGAGAGCACUUGCCCAGGCCCAAGCACAGACUCAGGGUGGAGCUUCUUCUGAGAACAGCAGCUUGCACACACACAGUUUGAAAAACACUUCUGACGUCCCCAGCUUUGCCCGUAACACUGUAGCUUCGUCUUCCAGGACCAAGAAGGAACUGGGCCCCCCAUCUGUUCCGUCCACCCCAUCUCGCAGCCCGUCACUCCGUGGGCGUCAAAGUUCUACCAAGCAGAGUCGGGCAUCACCCACAGUUCACACCAGUGAGGAGAAGCCACAAGGGACAACCCUACGACGGGUGCAAAGUGUGAAGGCAAGCAGUCGCAGCACCUAUCGCAGUGAGACUCCUCCUCCAACCACAACACGGGACGACAUUCGCAAGUCUAGCAGCUUUUCUGAAAAGUCUGUGCAACCCAGAGACUUAUUGAUGUCCAGCAGAACCAUGAAACCAAGCUGGAAGUAAAACUACUGACUGCUGAAAGACAAGCAGAGACAGCUUUUUUUGUCUCGUGUAGAGUGAUAAUUCCUCUUAUUGUCCUUCCACAAUGCAGAGUAAACUUCUAAAAACAUGCAAAACACAUGAAACUGAAAACAUAUUAAGCUAACUCACCUUGUAAGGUUCCUCCAGUAGCAGACUCUUUUAGGUUUACAAAUUGCUAAGAGCAAGAUGCAAUGAAUUUCUCCACAUUUCUGUUUUGUUCAUACAAAAAUCAGCUCUUCACAAGUUCCUUUUUUUUAUUUUUAACUGAACUGACAAAUGGCAAGUUGUUUUUACUGAAAAUGCUCUUUGCCUGCUUAGCUGUCUGUGUACAGUACUGUAUGAACUGUCUGUGAUGAUGUCACUGUCAAACACAACUCACAAUGUAAUGCUGCUAAUUAGCUCUGACAAUUUAAAAAUAAGAUUUCAGUGUCUUUCUUCAUUCAGGGUUUCAACAUGUUAUUGCUGCUGUUACAACUUUUAGUUUUACUGCAUCCUCCAGUAGACUAACACUGUUUGUUUGCCUUGUGGUUCAUUUGCUUGGUACCUCCAAAAGAUCAUAGUGGCCUUGUACCAGUAAAAAAAACAAAAAACGGCUCAUUUGGUUACGCAUGGUGUAGACCAGAUUUGAUCAGUUUUUAAUAUAACUGCAAAGCCACUUCAUCACAAGUCCCUGGUGUAUCAAUGUUACUACAAUAUAUAGAGUCACAGAUAUUAUGUCAGUGUAUUCCAACUCUGGUAUUUCUUGUACCUUGUUUAUGUAAUUGUAAGUAGAUGUGUUAGAACUCCUCCAUAAUGUCAUGGAGUCAGUGUGCACGUUAGAAAUGUCUCCUGUUUAGACUAAUAUUCAAGAAACAUAAAAGAAAAGCAUCUAAAAUAUUGAAAUGCUGCAGAAAAUAUCACCCAUCACACAAUAAUUCUGGCAAACUGAUCUAAUUAUAUUACUUAAUUUCUCUCAGGCUGCACUCCAUUUGAUUUUGUUCUGUGGCAUAAAUAGUCGUAAAUGGUCAUAAUUUAGCUGAGAUCCAGCUUUGUUUUUCUCAUCUAUUGCUGCACUGAUAUGAGCACAGAGCGAGUCGUCAAAUUUCUGGAAAACAAAUCCCUCAAAACCAUUUAAGACAAAUCAGAUAGUUUUAAAAUUCUUUGAAGAAUUUGGGGAAAAAAAAUCUUCAGAACUGUUGUAUAAGAGCUUCUGGACAACUUUCUGUGCUUUUUAAAGAGAGUUUGUAUUUUUCCGAAAAGCAGAUCCUUAGUCUCUGUUGCUCAAAUGUCACCACUUGCCUUUCAGACUGCACUAUGCCAUUGCACUGAUGAAGACAACACUCACAAUGGUGCAUUACCUUAAAGCUUAAUGUAGCCAACCAGUAGUUCACUAGUAGAUCUUACUUGAUUGUAAUAAAUAGAAACUUUUACUACUUUCCAUCACAUCAAAUUAUAACACUGACUACUAGUUAGUGAAUCAUUUUGUAGAUAAUUAUAUGUUGUGACUGUUGAUAUGUUUACAUAUCAAAAUUUAAGGGUAAGAGAGAAGGCUAAGUAAGCAAAGAUGUUAUAAAAUUAUUUUUAUCAGACAGUUUAGAGCCCCGGCCUGCAGGGUGUUAACAUGCUGCGAGUGUUUUCCUGUUCCCUGUAUUCAAAUCAAGUUAAUGACGUAAAAGGCCCGAGGUGGCAUGCUCCUGUGUGUGUGGUCCCCACUGUUGACUGUAAAGAAAAGUAAAGCUACAAUGGCCCAGAUGUCCCCUUGGUCUUUGGUGCUGAUCCAGAUCACACCUGCUCAAAUUUGGAAGAAGGGCACUAUGUAUAUUUAUAUACUUUUCUAUAAUCUUUCCAAAAUGUCGACAUUGUAGACUAUUUUUUUACAUAUUCAUUAAUUCAGAAUCAUGCGCUGAAUAACAUAUCUUCAGUUAAGCUUGUAAAAUCCUAUGGAGAUGUUUUAAAACAUCCUGAAAAUGAACAAUAACAGGAACUGUUUAAAUCGAUCCUCACGUAUAAAGAGAAAAAAGGCUACUCGAACCUGGGAAAAAAAUUAACAGACUGUCAGUAGGAUUGUGGGAAAUUUUUCCCUUUAAGAUUUAACAGUGAGAUUCACCUGUAAUUUAAAUUUUGACUAUCAAAUGGUUAGAAAACAUUUUUUUAAACAGUGAGCAUCAGGUAUUCUUGUCUCAUACUGCUUGUUCUUCCAAUAAAGUUUAACUGCAGUCUGAGCAUCUUCCUUUGUGUCCCACAAUGCCCCCUGCUGUCAACCUUUUAACAGUCUUAAACAUCACAAUGGGUGCCCUUUACAUUACAUCUCACUGGUUUACAGGAGUAGAACUGCUGUGGGAUUUGCAUACUUACUUGCCCUUUUCACAACUUCCUUGUUAGUGGAAGAUUACCAUAGCAACAGUGCAAACAUCUUCUGCCAGUGAAAAGGCCAUGUAAACCCAAAAGGUCAAUGCACUCCACAAGCAUUUCACACGCUGAAAGGCAUUGUUUCAUAUGACUCUGUUAAACCUUUUGACAAUAUGUCAAAUAUACAUUUUUAAAAUUUUCUGUUUCAUAAUGGGCACAUAAAAAUGCUGAAGCUGUACAAGUAAUCACUAAUCGAUUCAUUACCCAAGGAUGUGUUUUGUACUCUGGAGAGCAAUUACUGGAUGUUGUAAAGUUUUUUUUUACUCAGAUAUGAUUCUCUCUAAUGCAAGCUUUCUAUGUCUUUCUAUGGCAAAUAGGUGCUCUAUUACACUGCUUAGUCAUUUAAAAUCUGGAGUCCUGCAAAGAAAAAUAAUAAUAAAAAAAAAGACUGAUGACUAAACAAACAAUCAUCUCUGAUCACUAGACUGCAUGGCUGCAAACUGAAAUGUGCUGUUGCAGUUUGUAUCUCUGAUGAUGACAAUGAAGAAAUGAAUAAAAUCACAUGUUGCUGUGGACUGAAAGCCUGUCUUUUGUUUCUUUCUACCUGGAGUCAUGAGGUCCUAAAUUUAUUCUGCUGCUGAGAAGACUUGUGAAUGUAGUGUUUUAUCUGGC